AUGUUCCCAUUCUCACCAUUCCACUCUCAUGUUCCCAUUCUCACCAUCCCACUGCCAUGUUCCCAUUCUCACCAUCCCACUGCCAUGUUGCCAUUCUCACCAUCCCACUGCCAUGUUCCCAUUCUCACCAUCCCACUGCCAUGUUCCCAUUCUCACCAUCCCACUGCCAUGUUGCCAUUCUCACCAUCCCACUGCCAUGUUCCCAUUCUCACCAUCCCACUGCCAUGUUCCCAUUCUCACCAUCCCACUGCCAUGUUCCCAUUCUCACCAUCCCACUGCCAUGUUGCCAUUCUCACCAUCCCACUGCCAUGUUCCCAUUCUCACCAUCCCACUGCCAUGUUCCCAUUCUCACCAUCCCACUGCCAUGUUCCCAUUCUCACCAUCCCACUGCCAUGUUCCCAUUCUCACCAUCCCACUGCCAUGUUCCCAUUCUCACCAUCCCACUGCCAUGUUCCCAUUCUCACCAUCCCACUGCCAUGUUCCCAUUCUCACCAUCCCACUGCCAUGUUCCCAUUCUCACCAUCCCACUGCCAUGUUCCCAUUCUCACCAUCCCACUGCCAUGUUCCCAUUCUCACCAUCCCACUGCCAUGUUCCCAUUCUCACCAUCCCACUGCCAUGUUCCCAUUCUCACCAUCCCACUGCCAUGUUCGCAAUCUCACCAUCCCACUGCCAUGUUCCCAUUCUCACCAUCCCACUGCCAUGUUGCCAUUCUCACCAUCCCACUGCCAUGUUCCCAUUCUCACCAUCCCACUGCCAUGUUCCCAUUCUCACCAUCCCACUGCCAUGUUGCCAUUCUCACCAUCCCACUGCCAUGUUCCCAUUCUCACCAUCCCUCUGCCAUGUUUUAUUCUCACCAUCCCACUGCCAUGUUCGCAAUCUCACCAUCCCACUGCCAUGUUCCCAUUCUCACCAUCCCACUGCCAUGUUCCCAUUCUCACCAUCCCACUGCCAUGUUCCCAUUCUCACCAUCCCACUGCCAUGUUCCCAUUCUCACCAUCCCACUGCCAUGUUCCCAUUCUCACCAUCCCACUGCCAUGUUCCCAUUCUCACCAUCCCACUGCCAUGUUCCCGUUCUCACCAUCCCUCUGCCAUGUUCCCAUUCUCACAUCGCACUGCCAUGUUCCCAUUCUCACCAUCCCACUGCCAUGUUCCCAUUCUCACCAUCCCACUGCCAUGCUCCCAUUCUCACAUCCUCUGCCAUGUUCCCAUUCUCACCAUCCCACUGCCAUGUUCCCAUUCUCACCAUCCCACUGCCAUGCUCCCAUUCUCACCAUCCACUGCCAUGCUCCCAUCUCACCAUCCCACUGCCAUGUUCCCAUUCUCACCAUCCCACUGCCAUGUUUCUAUUCUCACCAUCCCACUGCCAUGUUGCCAUUCUCACCAUCCCACUGCCAUGUUCCCAUUCUCACCAUCCCACUGCCAUGUUCCCAUUCUCACCAUCCCACUGCCAUGUUGCCAUUCUCACCAUCCCACUGCCAUGUUGCCAUUCUCACCAUCCCACUGCCAUGUUCCCAUUCUCACCAUCCCACUGCCAUGUUCCCAUUCUCACCAUCAUCACUGCCAUGUCGCCAUUUUUCACCAUCCCACUGCCAUGUUCAAUUCUCACCAUCCCACUGCCAUGUUCCCAUUCUCACCAUCCCACUGCCAUGUUCCCAUUCUCACCAUCCCACUGCCAUGUUCCCAUUCUCACCAUCCCAAUGCCAUGCUCCCAUCUCACCAUCCCACUGCCAUGUUGCCAUUCUCACCAUCCCACUGCCAUGUUCCCAUUCUCACCAUCCCACUGCCAUGUUGCCAUUCUCACCAUCCCACUGCCAUGUUCCCAUUCUCACCAUCCCACUGCCAUGUUCCCAUUCUCACCAUCCCACUGCCAUGUUGCCAUUCUCACCAUCCCACUGCCAUGUUCCCAUUCUCACCAUCCCACUGCCAUGUUCCCAUUCUCACCAUCCCACUGCCAUGUUCCCAUUCUCACCAUCCCACUGCCAUGUUCCCAUUCUCACCAUCCCACUGCCAUGUUCCCAUUCUCACCAUCCCACUGCCAUGUUCCCAUUCUCACCAUCCCACUGCCAUGUUCCCAUUCUCACCAUCCCACUGCCAUGUUCCCAUUCUCACCAUCCCACUGCCAUGUUCCCAUUCACACCAUCGCACUGCCCAUGUUGCCAUUCUCACCAUCCCACUGCCAUGUUCCCAUUCUCACCAUCCCACUGCCAUGUCGCCAUUUUCACCAAUCUCACUGCCAUGUUCCCAUUCUCACCAUCCCACUGCCAUGUUCCCAUUCUCACCAUCCCACUGCCAUGUUCCCAUUCUCACCAUCCCACUGCCAUGUUCCCAUUCUCACCAUCCCACUGCCAUGUUCCCAUUCUCACCAUCCCACUGCCAUGUUCCCAUUCUCACCAUCCCACGCAUGUUCCAUUCUCACCAUCCCACUGCCAUGUUGCCAUUCUCACCAUCCCACUGCCAUGUUCCCAUUCUCACCAUCCCACUGCCAUGUUCCCAUUCUCACCAUCCCACUGCCAUGUUCCCAUUCUCACCAUCCCACUGCCAUGUUCCCAUUCUCACCAUCCCACUGCCAUGUUCCCAUUCUCACCAUCCCACUGCCAUGUUGCCAUUCUCACCAUCCCACUGCCAUGUUCCCAUUCUCACCAUCCCACUGCCAUGUUCCCAUUCUCACCAUCCCACUGCCAUGUUCCCAUUCUCACCAUCCCACUGCCAUGUUCCCAUUCUCACCAUCCCACUGCCAUGUUCCCAUUCUCACCAUCCCACUGCCAUGUUCCCAUUCUCACCAUCCCACUGCCAUGUUCCCAUUCUCACCAUCCCACUGCCAUGUUCCCAUUCUCACCAUCCCACUGCCAUGUUGCCAUUCUCACCAUCGCGCUGCCAUGUUCCCAUUCUCACCAUUCCACUGUCAUGUUCCCAUUCUCACCAUCCCACUGCCAUGUUCCCAUUCUCACCAUCCCACUGCCAUGUUGCCAUUCUCACCAUCCCACUGCCAUGUUCCCAUUCUCACCAUCCCACUGCCAUGUUCCCAUUCUCACCAUCCCACUGCCAUGUUCCCAUUCUCACCAUCCCACUGCCAUGUUCCCAUUCUCACCAUCCCACUGCCAUGUUCCCAUUCUCACCAUCCCACUGCCAUGUUCCCAUUCUCACCAUCCCACUGCCAUGUUCCCAUUCUCACCAUCCCACUGCCAUGUUCCCAUUCUCACCAUCCCACUGCCAUGUUCCCAUUCUCACCAUCCCACUGCCAUGUUCCCAUUCUCACCAUCCCACUGCCAUGUUCCCAUUCUCACCAUCCCACUGCCAUGUUCCCAUUCUCACCAUCCCACUGCCAUGUUCCCAUUCUCACCAUCCCACUGCCAUGUUCCCAUUCUCACCAUCCCACUGCCAUGUUCCCAUUCUCACCAUCCCACUGCCAUGUUCCCAUUCUCACCAUCCCACUGCCAUGUUCCCAUUCUCACCAUCCCACUGCCAUGUUCCCAUUCUCACCAUCCCACUGCCAUGUUCCCAUUCUCACCAUCCCACUGCCAUGUUCCCAUUCUCACCAUCCCACUGCCAUGUUCCCAUUCUCACCAUCCCACUGCCAUGUUCCCAUUCUCACCAUCCCACUGCCAUGUUCCCAUUCUCACCAUCCCACUGCCAUGUUGCCAUUCUCACCAUCCCACUGCCAUGUUCCCAUUCUCACCAUCCCACUGCCAUGUUCCCAUUCUCACCAUCCCACUGCCAUGUUCCCAUUCUCACCAUCCCACUGCCAUGUUCCCAUUCUCACCAUCCCACUGCCAUGUUCCCAUUCUCACCAUCCCACUGCCAUGUUCCCAUUCUCACCAUCCCACUGCCAUGUUCCCAUUCUCACCAUCCCACUGCCAUGUUCCCAUUCUCACCAUCCCACUGCCAUGUUCCCAUUCUCACCAUCCCACUGCCAUGUUCCCAUUCUCACCAUCCCACUGCCAUGUUCCCAUUCUCACCAUCCCACUGCCAUGUUCCCAUUCUCACCAUCCCACUGCCAUGUUCCCAUUCUCACCAUCCCACUGCCAUGUUCCCAUUCUCACCAUCCCACUGCCAUGUUCCCAUUCUCACCAUCCCACUGCCAUGUUCCCAUUCUCACCAUCCCACUGCCAUGUUCCCAUUCUCACCAUCCCACUGCCAUGUUCCCAUUCUCACCAUCCCACUGCCAUGUUCCCAUUCUCACCAUUCCACUGUCAUGUUCCCAUUCUCACCAUCCCACUGCCAUGUUCCCAUUCUCACCAUCCCACUGCCAUGUUGCCAUUCUCACCAUCCCACUGCCAUGUUCCCCAUUCUCACCAUCCCACUGCUAUGUUCCCAUUCUCACCAUCUCACUGCCAUGUCGCCAUUUUCACCAUCCCACUGCCAAGUUCAAAUUCUCACCAUCCCACUGCCAUGUUCCCAUUCUCACCAUCACAUUGCCAUGUUGCCAUUCUCACCAUCCCACUGCCAUGUUCCCAUUCUCACCAUCCCACUGCCAUGUUCCCAUUCUCACCAUCCCACUGCCAUUGUAG